CAGCAACCACAACCACAGAGAUACAGUAUCGAGUAUCCGUAUCUUUCACUCGAAGAUUUUUUUAAUUUUUUUAUUAUAUUUUUUUUCUAGUGUGAUAGAGGCCACGAUUGUGGAAGGCUACAUGUUUUAAAAUAUUGAUAAAUUUAUUAAAGAAUUUGUUUAUCUGGUGUACUCGUACAGCAUUAACCAGAUUGGAUUGAUAGUGAUUUUAGUGAUAGUGCAUCUUCAUACUAAUUAAUAUUUCAACUCAAGUCCAAAGUGCGUUUGUUUUGUUGUGUAGUGUUUGAGCGAGGAUGUCUCUGGAGGAAAAAUUCCAUGCAGCUGUCAAUGUUAUACGGAGUUUGCCCAAAAGUGGCACGUACCAGCCCAGCAAUGAGUUGAUGCUACGGUUCUACAGCUACUUCAAGCAGGCGAUGGAGGGGCCUUGCAAGAAAGACAAGCCCGGCUUCUGGGAUGUCGUCAACAGAGCGAAAUGGGAGGCUUGGAAAAGACUUGGGGACAUGACCCCCGAAGAAGCCAUGCAGUGUUAUGUCACCGAACUACACAAGAUCGUGGAGACGAUGUCGUACAACUCUGAUGUGGCGUCGUUCCUGUCAGUCGACGACGACGAGCAGGGCUUCCCCAGCGCCGACCUGGAGCUCAUCGCCGGCGACGUGCUGGCGCGCUGCCGCGACUCGCAGCGCACCUCGCCCAUGUACUCGCGCUCGGUCAGCGGCACGUCGUCCCCCGUACACGAGAGCACGACGCCGCGGACACGACACGACUCCGAGGACGAGUUCAUUGACACCAUGGACGUCACCGUCAACGAGCCCGAGGCGGCAGCCAUUACAGCGCCCCGCCUCAGCAACGGACACGCGCACCAGAUCUCCUCACAACUCACACAUUUGAAAGUGUUGGAGCAACUGCCGGGCGUGCUGGCGCGGCUGGAGGCGGACGUGGCGGCGCUGAGGAAGGCCGUCGAAGGCGACAGGAGGAUACUCGACGAGGUGUCGCGCGGCUGGCGGUGGCCGUGGCAGGAGCUGAGCGCGCCCACCAUGCUGCUCAUAGCGCUGUGGCCCUUCAUAGCCUUCCGGAUCGCCUCGCGACUGCAGCGCAGGGACACUUAGCUGGUACAAUGCAGAACGUAUCUUGACUAGGCGAUAAGUGAAUCGGUGUUGCAAUUUUACACUCAUAGGUUUUUAUAUCGGGAUGUGACGUCAUCGUGUUUUUUUUGUUGUAGCAACAAUUUAAUAAUAAAUAUUCCGUUCUGUUUUCUUCUGUUAUAUUUAAAUAUAAUUUGGAUAACAUGUUAAAUAAUGUGAUGAUAUCAUUUCUAAUAAAUAAAUUAAUUAUUAUAUUAUGGUUCUAAAGGGCAUAUCCAAUUUUUUGUAAAGUUUUUUUUUUUAUAAAUAAUAUCCCAAGACUGAAGAUCAUAAAAUUUGGAUAAAAUCAUUACAGUUUUAAUAAAAUAUACAUACCAUCACAAAUUAUUCAAACAUUAAUUGAAUAAUUACUCUGUGAAUUUUUUAAUUAGUGUAUCAUAAUUUAUUCACAUUACUUGAAGCGGAAGUAUACUUUGAAUGAGCAAUGUGAUGAAUAUGUAUGUAUUUUAAUUUCGAAAUAAUUCAUAUUUUGAUUGAUUUUGCAAUACAAAACUCCAGAUAUGUAUGAAUAGUGAAUAAAAUACAAAUACUUUUUAACCGACUUCAACAAAAGGAGUAGGGCGAUGCGUAUGUUUCUUUUUACCUCAUAACUUUGUCAUUUACUAACUAAUUUUGGAAAUUAUUUUUUCUUUGAAAGAAUAUACUUCCAGAUUGGUCCCAUUUCAUUUUCAUGAAAAUCGGUUUUUUUUUAAUUGUGUUAAUAAUAAUUUUUUUUAAUUGUGUAUCAAAAUAACUCAAAUACGUCUUUUGAAGUCGGUUCCAUAUUUAUGUUAAAUAAAUAUUAUUUCAUUCCUAUUGAUAUGCAAAAUAAUUUUGAUUUUAGUUCAGACAAAUGCCUAAAUAUUUUGCAUUAUAUAAUACCAAUUUAAGUAUUUGAAUAUGUUAAAUUUUUGGAUACUACAUCUCUGAAUUUUAUUUCAUUGUGUUAAAGAUAAUGCUAUGACCAUGUGAAUUAUAAUUUUAGUUGGUUCAUUAUAUAUAUAUAUGUAUAUAGAUGAAGUAAAUGAUUAAUAUUUUAUUAUAUUUCCUAUAAGUGAACCGUCUGAAUUUUAUGCGGUAUAUAUAUACAAAAUAAUAGUAUUGAUUAACCAAAUAUUUGCAAACUUUUCAAAGUCACAAAAAUAUACAAGACUGACAAACAAACAAUACUGAAAUAUAUAAAGAGUUCAUAUUGAACCCAUCUGGGGUUCUUAAUCAUUAACUUGUUCAAACCAAACCAUAGUUUAUCUAUUUCAGUAUUAUGUAUAACACUCACGUUAGUUGAAAUUCUAAAUAAAUACAUUUUGGAUGAAUUAAUUAAAUUCAUUAUAUAUAUGUGUUUUAUACGAAAUGUCAUUCCAUUUGAUUUUUAGUAAUGAAUUUAAGUUUUGAUAGAACUUAAUAAUCACAAAUAUAUUUUUGAUUCAAAGUGUAACGAGUCAGUACCACCAAAAGUUAUAGUCCUUGUGUCCCAGGAACAAAAUAUUUAUUAAUGACCUUACUGCUUGAACUUUGUGUAUGUUAUUUGUUGUUUUUGACGUGACAACGUCUUAUAAUUCGAUGGAGCCGGCUUCACACUCGAAAAAAGAUGACGUCACGCGUAGUUCCCUCGCUCUAGGGUUGCCAACUUUUUUUACAAGAAAUAAAGUAUAUUCUGGUUUAUAAAGAUUAUUAAACACUAUUUUAGAAUAACGAACAUUUUCGUUUGAAAAAUGCAACCAUACCAUCAGUAUUUUCUUAUGGUGUUGUCACGCUCAACUAUCGUCAGUAAACCGACUUUACAGACAACCGAUUUUUUUUUAUUUAGGUUGUAAUUUUUUUUUUAUUAAAAAAAUUUACAAACUAAAAGCUAAAGCUAUAUUUAAAAUCAAGUGGUAACCUAGUCGAGUAUAAGACGUACCAAAGUCUGGAAGAUGACUUAGAAGCAAAACACGUGGCAUAAACAUUCAUAAUUUUGUCUGAUUCAUCAUAAACAACACAUACACAAAGUUUGAGCAGUAUGGUCAAGUAAAAAUAUUUUGUUUUUGAGCCCAAACACUUGUAUAGCCUGACCAGUGGCGCUAACCUGCGACCAAAGCACCAUUGGACAUUUUGUCUAUUUCUCUACCACCACAGAAAUAUAAAGAUCUUUGAUUGGGGGCGCCAACUUUUUAGCUAAUGUACUCUAUGAUAAUGGCAGAAAAAAGAUCCUUUUUUCCCCAAAACAUGGCGAGAUUUCUUAUUUAUUUUGUCAGGCUUUAUGGGUGGUAAGGUGGUUUACCUAGACAUAUAUCAAAAUGUAUGAAAUUUUCCUAUAUUAGUGUUAUUUUGCGUUGUAACUGCACGUUACCUUGACGGUAAUUUUAGUCUGGUGCGAGUCCAUGAUUGUUACCUUUUGUUGUAAUAUAAUUUUGUAACAAUUAAGUCAUUAUUAUGUUUUUUUUUUUCACGUGUUCAUAUUGUGAUUUUGACAUGCGCGGUUACAAAAAAUAUUCAUAAAAUCGAAGUAAAAUUUUGGAAAUCGGUUAAAAAGGGUACAUGUUUAAACAAUUUUGCUAUUUAAUGUGAACAACAGUUAAAAAUAUAUCACAGUUUUUGUAAUAAUAAAUUGAAGAAGAGUUGAAAUUAAAAUUACAAUGAAAAGAAUUCCAGACGAGCAUCGCAGGCGACAUUUAAUAACAAAGACUCAGUUUCUAAAUGAUUAUUAUAAUUUAGUGGCAUUGAUUUUUAUAUACAGUCGUAUAUAGAUUAGAACAUAACACAUCUAUUCUUACUAAUAUUAUAAAGCUAAAGAGUUUGCUUGUUUGAACGCGCUUAUCUCAGGAACUACUACUCCGAUUUGAAAAAUAUUUUCAGUGUUAAAUAGCCCAUUUAUUGAGGAAGGUUAUAGGCAAUAUAUUAUCCCCGUAUUCCUACGGGAACGUGAACCACGCGGGUGAAACCGCGCGGCGUCAGCUAGUUUGUGAUAUUUCGCCUGAUGAAAUACAAAUACUAUUUCAAAGUUACAAUAUGAAACGGUUUUAUGUUAGUGCAUUAUGAUUAUUAUGUGAUACAUAGUUAUUAGUAUAUGUAAAGUUGACCUCGUCAUUAAAACUUUAUUUGUUUUUUAUUAAUUAGUAAUAAUUUGAAAGGCAUUUUCAUUUUAUUUACUAAGGUUUCGGUUUAAUUUUACAAUUUGUAUAGAAUUAAUUGUAAAUAUUAUAAAAAACGGCUAUAUUAUAUCGUGUGUGAAGAUUUUUUUUUUGUAAAAUGAACAUAUAAUAUUAUUACAAAAUUUGUUAUUGGUUUUAAAUAAAAUGGGGAUUUUUGAAGA